CCAAUCAAGACCCUCAACAUCCUAACAGUUUUAUUAUCAAGACCGAUAAUCAGAAAUUAUUAGGAUUAGUUCGCACGGAUAAGAAUGGCACUACUUACUGGAAAUUCAAAGAAAGAAAUAAGAAGAAGAAAGUCAUUAAAGAAAAUGACCCUCAAUCUAGCCCCGUAGCGGAUAACAUACAGAAAUUUCAGCAGAGGCAAAGUAAAAGCCAAGAAAGACAAAACCUUGCCGAAAACCAAUUAAACCCUCAUGGAAAUAACUCUAACGCAAUCCGUGAUUUAAAUGGUAGUUUAUCCGCCCUCAAACCGGACAAUUCAGAAACUACUAAAUUAAUCACUUACGCCCUGGUUGCUACGGCAAUUGUCGGAAUCUUUGGGGCUUUGAACUCCUUUUACGACGAGAAAUUAAAAGACACCAUUGAAAAUAAAAGUAGUGAAUACAAAGACUUAGCCAGUGAAUUUAUUGCUAAAAGUUUAAAUUACCAAAAAGCUAUGUUGGCGAUUGGCCUAGGAAUUUUCCUAUUAUUGACCAUUGCUUACUUCUGA